AUCAUAUUAUGCAAAGAGGAGACCCAGAGAUUCGAGGCAUUGUUUUAUAUUCUUUUAGAUUUUGAUUCUUUUGGGUGGAGUUUUUGAGAAGAUGAUAAAAUGGUGGUGGGUUUCAGCUUUCCAAUUGGUUGAGCUGUUUGUUAGCUCAGUGGUUAAUCUUUUAUAUGGUUCUACGUAUAUAGCACUGCCGUUGCUGUGGACCUCCAUCAGGCUUUGAGUGAUCGGAUUUCAAGGCUAAUGCAAGCUUAGAGGUGAAAAAAAAACAAUUCCUCUACGACCAACGUUGAUGAUGCCUCCUAUUGUUUUGGUUCAUGGAAUUUUUGGAUUUGGCAAAGGAAAAUUUGGAAGUUUUUCGUAUUUUGGAGGGGCUGAAAAGAAAGAUGAGAGGGUUCUUGUGCCUGAUUUGGGGUCACUUACAAGCAUAUAUGAUAGGGCUCGUGAAUUGUUCUAUUAUUUGAAAGGUGGGCGAGUUGAUUACGGUGAAGAACAUAGCAAGGCUUGUGGGCAUUAUCAGUUUGGACGACUUAUGAACCAGGAAAGCUGAAGUUUCUCAGUUCUU